CAAGAAAGAAAAAAACCCUGCCGGAUCUAAUCUAGAUGAACGCCAUGCGAGCGGAGAAAAAGGGCGACAACUAGUCGACGGAAGAGGAGAAGAAGAUGAUGAUGAAGGCAUAUCAAGAUCAAACAACAGAAAAGGUUCAGAAGACAGCAUUUCAUCAAAUGGAAGAUGCAGAUUUCUUAAGUGAUGUGGGAAAUGGACAUGACAAUACUGAACAGACAGAAUUAACAGAGAUUACUAUGCACAUGGAUUCUGAACAGGCUGCUUUAAUAAGAGAUAUACAAGACAGUAUUCUAAGUUACUACCAUUUUGAAUCAAACAUUGUCAACCCCAAUUAUAGUCAUGAGGAUAAUUCAUCUGCACUAGUAGACAUAAACUGUGAUGAACAAGAUCAACCUGGCAAAGGACCAAUUCAAAAUGAGCAUUCAUUGAUAAGAGAUUUCGAAAUUAAUCCAGAUAGUUACUACAGAUUCAAUACGUCUACUCAAAAUGGUCUGCUCCAACAACAUGCAAUUGCAAAUUCCAAUUGCACUCUUCAGGACAGCUCAUCAACCGUCAACUACAAUAGCAAUGGACAGGAUCAAGAGAUGCAAGUUGUAAUGUCACAGGGAGGAACAAGUUAUGUAUUAUCACAGGGAGGAACAAGCUACACAAGCCUUACGAAGCAAUUCAUGACAGGAAGCUUGGUUGGAAAUUAUGCACAACAGAAUUAUGAAGAUUUUUUAUCAACAGAUACGACAUGCAGUUUCAUGGACUUGCUGAAUCAGCCAUUACAAACUGAGGUACUUCAACAAACUAACCGAAAAAGCAAGACGAAAGCUACCAACAUGGCACCAGGAGGUAGGCUGUCCAAGAGAGUGCGGGCAUAUCAAGGAGGACUGGGGAUCCGUCCUGGUGUCGUAACAAAAUCAGGGAAGAGGCCACUGAUUUCAGAGAAUAAUGUGCAAACUGAAGAGUUGCCUCAAGAUGUUGAUGAAGGAAGGCGGGAGUCCCCUCAAGAUGUUGUUGAAGGAAGGCAAGAGUCCCCUCAAGAUGUUUUUGAAGAAAGGCAAGGGAGCCCUUGCAGGGAUGCAUUGUCUAACCAUGAGGCUAAUGAUGAUGGAAUUGGAGUUGGUGGUGAAGAAAAUGAAGCUGGUGGUAAAUACCAGACUGGGCUUGACAACCAAUGCACUGAAGCUUCUGGUGAACGAGCCCCAAGGAGAAGCAGGCAACAAACCAAGGGACUACUGCUGGAAAGUAUGACAAAAUCUAUGGGAAGGAGAAUGCCCAUUGCAGUUGCUGAAGGCCAAAGAAGGCCACAUGAUCCUGUUCAAGCUGCCAAGUUCGCAUCAGAGGCUGGUGUCAUCAUUCGGGAUAAUAUUCCUGUCCUGACUCAUUGGAAGGAGUACAAGAAAAAUACGGCGCACUACGACAGCUUUAAGGGAAUGCUAUCUAAUCAAGUGGACAUUGAUGAUAAACAACCGCCAACAAUGGCAGCAGACACAGAUGUGCUGCGAUCGGGGGUACGUCAAACGCGUUAUCGGCUGAAAAAAAAAGUUCUUCAAUGGUGUACCUACAGAUCAGAUUAGGACUACUCCUAUUCCUAGCAUGUCUGAUGCACAGUGGAUGGAACUUGUUAAUAAGUGGACUGAUGGAAAGAACAUGGUAUGCUGUGGGAUGAUAUCAGUCUCUUCUCAUUGUAAACCAGUGCAUUGAAUUGCUCUGAAUUGGACUCAAAUAGCUCUGAAUUGCUCUGAAUCAGUCUCAAAUAGCUAUGGAAUCCUCUGAUU